AUGGCAUCUAAAGGUUCCUUUAUAGAAGAAGAGCUCUACUGUUCUGUGUGUUUCGACACCUUCAAUGACCCUGUUGUCCUGAAAUGCAGCCACAGCUUCUGUAGAGUCUGUCUGCAACAGUGCUGGAAAGAGAAGAACUCUCAGGAGUGUCCCAUCUGCAAGAGAAAGUCUUCUGUGGAAGACCCCCCUGCAAACCUGGUUUUAAGAAACGUUGUGGAGGCAUUCUUAAAGCAGAAGACUGAGAGUGAAGCUCCAGAGAAGAGUGACAAUAUCUGCAGUCUCCAUGGAGAGAAACUGCUGAUCUUCUGUGAGGAGGACCAAUCGGCUGUCUGUGUCGUGUGUCAGACUUCAAAAGAUCACAAAAACCACCAGCUCUGUCCAGUGAGGGAGGCUGUACCGCACCUGAAGGAGGAACUCAAGACUGCCCUGAAUCCUGCUAAGGAAAAGCUGAAGAGAUUCACUGAAGUUCAGCAGGAGUGUGAGAAAACAGCAAAGCACAUCCAGAGUCAGGCCCUGCAUACAGAGAGGCAAUUAAAGGCAGAGUUUGAGAAGCUCCACCAGUUCCUGCGAGAUGAAGAGGAGGCCAGACUAGCUGCACUGAGGGAGGAAGAGGAGCUGAAGAGUCAGAUGAUGAAGGAGAAGAUAGAAAAUAUUGCAAGACAUGUUUGCAAACUUUUAGAUGAAAUCAAAGCUAUAGAGAAGACCAUGGACUCUGACGACAUCUCCUUCUUACAGAGCUACAAGAACAGCAAAGAAAGAGCCCAGUGCACACUGCAGGAUCCACAGCUGCUUUCAGGGGCGCUGAUAGAUGUGGCCAAACACCUGGGCAAUCUGAAGUUCAGAGUCUGGGAGAAGAUGCUGGGGAUGGUGCAGUACACUCCUGUGACUCUGGACCCCAACACUGCACAUCCCUAUCUUUCUCUGUCGAAGGAUAUGACCAGGGUGAGAGACACCGAUACAGUGCAGCAGCUUCCUGACAACCCAAAGAGGUUUGAUCUCCAUGUCGGAGUGUUGGGCUCUGAGGGGUUUACCUCAGGAAAACACAGCUGGGAGGUGGAUAUUGGGAGUAAACCUGCUUGGGAUUUAGGAGUGGCAAAAGAGUCCAUCAACAGGAAGGGACUGAUUACAUAUAGCCCACAGAGAGGAUUCUGGGUUGUAACAAUGUGGAAUGGUGACGAGUAUUACGCUUGCACCUCAAAUAAAAAACGACUCAAACUGAAGAGGAAACCCCAGAGGAUCAGAGUGCAGCUGGACUACGACAGAGGGAAGGUGUCCUUCUAUGACCCCAGUGACAUGUCACACAUCCACACCUUUAAAGACACAUUUACUGAGAGACUCUACCCCUAUUUCUCUCUUUAUAUAAACAGUGAUGGCAGUAACCCUGGGGCCCUGCAGAUCUGCCCAGAGAGGGUGUCUGUAACAGUGAUGUCAUCCCAGUAA